UCUUAGUCGGUAUGGAUCUUAUUCGACUAACAUUGCUAGGAUAUUUCAUCCUGACAGGGAAAUUUUCUCACUGUACCUGUUACGGAUUCGGGUAUGAGCUACUGACAGGAAAAAUGGAAGCAUUAGAGAGUCAUAUUACAAACAUUGGCCGUAGAUUGGAUCAAUUGAGCGAAUCUCUGCAAAAUACACAGCAGGUUUAUACAUCAUGUGAUAGGGUUCCAUCGAAAGCAUCUGGUGUCUACAACGUAAAAGUCAACCUUCGGGAGACAUUUGACAUUUUCUGUGAUCAAAAAUAUGACAGUGGCGGUUGGACUGUGAUUCAGAGGCGAUUUGAUGGAUCUGUGAAUUUUUAUCGAGAUUGGAACGAAUACAAACGAGGUUUUGGGAACCUAGAAGGAGAAUUUUGGUUGGGAUUGGAUGUGAUUCAUCAACUGACAUACUCGGCACCGCAUGAGCUGGUGGUAUUACUGGAGGAUUUUGAAGGAAAUUCAACCUUUGCCAAACUGGAUCGUUUCGAAGUGGCAGGAGAGCAGACAUCAUACACUGCGACGAUGGCAGCUGGCUUUAGCGGACCUGCGGGAGAUUCCAUCACCUGGAUUAAGGGCGCAAAGUUCACUACACUUGAUAAGGACAACGACACAUGGGAUAAUAACUGUGCAGUCACGAAUCAUGGGGCUUGGUGGUAUACGGCGUGUCAUGCAAGUAAUUUGAACGGAAAAUAUUUAAAGGGAGUGACAAAAGAGUAUGCUAAAGGGAUGGUGUGGAAUACAUUCCGAGGACACUAUUAUACGUUGAAAUCUUCCAAAAUGAUGAUCAGAAGAAAGAAAGCAUGACACGGAUAUGCAAUAUCUAACUUGUUUGUGAUUUAUUUUUAUGUAUGUUAAAAUCCUAACUAACUAACAAGGUGUGUCGAGUUAGUUCGAUAAUAU